AUUUCCUUUGUGUUGACUUGAUCAGGUUCUUGGUCCUUUUGGGCAGUGGCAGUUUCUGUUCUUGAUUCUACUUUCUAGCAACAAUAGGAAAAUGACUGUUGGGCCUGGGAUAUCUGUGAGUGAUGGAAGGUUGACUGUGUUUGGGAACUGCAUCUUGCAUGAUGUUCACGGCAAUGUAGUGAUCACACCGGCCGCAGGCUCAGGGGAUGCAAUGAUCAAUGGGGCUUUCAUUGGAGUCAAAUCAGAUCAGAAAGGAAGCCGAAGAGUCUUUCCUGUUGGAAAGCUCGAGGAGUUGCGUUUCAUGUGUGUCUUCCGGCACAAAUUUUGGUGGAUGACCCAAUGGAUGGGAGCAUCGGGGAAUGAGAUCCCCUUUGAGACCCAAUUCCUAGUUGUUGAAGUGUGUCAUGGCACUCGUCUUUACGCGGGAAGUAAAGAUGAAGAUGAAGAAUCAAUAGUGUAUGCAGUUUUCUUGCCAAUUCUUGAAGGUGAUUUCAGGGCUGUUCUACAAGGGAAUGAACAGAAUGAGGUUGAAAUCUGCUUGGAAAGUGGAGAUCCUGCUGUUGAUAAAUUUGAGGGCAGUCAUUUGGUUUUCGUUGCAGCUGGAUCAGACCCUUAUGAUGUUAUCACCAACUCAGUGAAGACAGUUGAGAAUCAUUUGCAAACCUUUUCUCACCGAGAGAAAAAGAAGAUGCCUGACAUUUUGAACUGGUUUGGCUGGUGUACAUGGGAUGCUUUUUACACCAAUGUCACUGCUGAGGGUCUGAAGCUAGGAUUAGAGAGCUUGGAGAAAGGUGGAACUCCUCCUAAGUUUGUUAUAAUUGAUGAUGGAUGGCAAACAGUUGGUAUGGAUCCCACUGGCAUCGAGUACAGAUCCGAUUGUACAGCAAACUUCGCUAACAGAUUAAUAGAUAUCAAAGAGAACCAUAAAUUUCAGAAAAAUGGCAAAGAAGGUCACGGAGUAGAUGAUCCAGCAAUGGGGCUUCGGUACGUUGUCAAGGAAAUGAAAGAAAGACAUACUUUGAAAUAUGUUUGUGUCUGGCAUGCAAUAACAGGAUACUGGGGAGGAGUUAAACCUGGAAUUACUGAAAUGGAGCACUAUGAACCCAAGUUAGUUUAUCCUAUUUCAUCUCCAGGGGUUCAGUCAAAUGAUUAUUCUGAUGUUUUGCAGUCCAUCACUAAGAAUGGUGUUGGUCUAGUGAAUCCGGAUAAAGUUUUUGACUUCUAUAAUGAUCUUCAUUCGUAUCUGGCAUCUGCUGGUAUUGAUGGUGUCAAAGUUGAUGUUCAAAGCAUUCUUGAAACUCUUGGAGCAGGCCAUGGUGGAAGAGUAAAACUCACUAGAAAGUACGGUCAGGCAUUAGAGGCAUCAGUAUCUAGCAAUUUCCAUGACAAUGCAAUUAUUGCUUGUAUGAGUCACAACACUGACACUUUAUAUAGUGCAAAGAGCACAGCUGUUAUGAGGGCUUCAGAUGAUUUCUUCCCAAGAGAUCCUGCCUCUCAUACAAUUCAUAUUGCAUCAGUUGCUUAUAAUUCCAUUUUUAUUGGGGAGUUCAUGCAGCCAGAUUGGGACAUGUUUCAUAGCCUACAUCCAAUGGCCGAAUACCAUGGAGCUGCUCGUGCAGUGGGAGGAUGUGCUAUUUAUGUCAGUGACAAACCUGGACAGCACGACUUCAAUCUGUUGAAGAAGCUUGUACUUCCUGAUGGUUCUGUCUUGAGGGCAAAACUUCCUGGAAGACCAACUAGAGACUGCCUAUUUUCUGAUCCUGUCAGAGAUGGAAAAAGUCUUCUGAAAAUAUGGAAUCUGAAUGAUUUUACUGGAGUCAUCGCAGUAUUCAAUUGCCAAGGAGCUGGGUGGUGUGGGGUUACAAAAAUGAUGGUUAGCCAUGAUGAACAACCUGAAAUAAUCACAGGAUCUAUUAGGGCUAGAGAUGUUGACUGUCUGCCUGAAGUAGCUGAGGAUGGGUGGAUUGGGGAUAGCAUCUUGUAUUCACAUCGUGGUGGAGAGGUGGCUUAUCUCCCAAGAAAUGCAUCUAUGUCAGUUACAUUAAAGCCCCGGGAAUAUGAGUUUUACACUGUCGUUCCUGUUAAGGAACUGCCCAAUGGGGCUAAGUUUGCUGCCAUAGGUCUAAUCAAGAUGUUCAAUUCAGGAGGGGCCAUCAAGGAAUUGAAAUAUGAAUCCGAGACAAAUACAACUAUUAGCUUGAAAGUUGGAGGCUGUGGCCUGUUUGGAGCCUAUUCAUCCACUCAACCACAAAGAAUUAUAGUUGAUUCGCAAGAAGUGGAGUUUGAAUAUGAACGAGAAUCCAGUUUGGUAACUUUUGCUUUAAGAGUCCCUGAGGAAGAACUGUACCUCUGGAACAUUGUUAUUGAGCUGAGGAGCGAAACACAAUAUCAUUCAGCGGUAUAGGUAGAUUAAAAAUUUGUUUUCCUUUUAAGCCCUUGUUUGAUGAUUGCCUACACAGUUCCAAAUGACAGUUUCCCAAUGAAUGAAAUGGUCAAUUGUUUGUGUAUGGAUUAAUUAAUGAACCUUGUGUAACAAACUUUAUGUUUAAAUAAAGGAUACAUAUCCAAAUUCUAGAGCAUAACCAGUUCAUUUGCUUUUGAAUGACUGAUGAUUCCUGUGUAUUGCUAAAUUGCUAGCUAGAGA